AUGAAAGAACAGAACGAAUUGGAGAAGGAAGAAGAAGGAAAAAAUAAAAAUAGCUUUUCCAAUGUUAAUAUAAAAUUUGAAGCAUAUGGAGAAGGGGAUUAUAGAUUAUUAAGGUAUUUGCCUGAUGGCUCUUGUGUCUUUGAAGAAAUACCGAAUGAAGAAGACAAAAAUCAAAAGAAUUUACAACAAUAUGCUCAAUUAUUUUAUUCAGUAAUGGAUAAAAUGAAUGAAUCAAAACUUAUUGAUGAGAAUUUAAAAAAUAAUAAAGAAUGGAAUAAAGCAGAAGAAUAUCGAAAUUUAGUAGAAAAUGAUUUAAAAGAAUUAAUGGUAUUAUUUGAUAUGUUAUUAGGUACACUUAAUUAUGAUAAAGGCAGGAAAUUUUUGUCCUUUAAUAAAUGUCAAUAUAAUAAAGAUUCAGAAGAAAAUAAACAAGAUUUAUAUAUAGCUGUUACAAGUAGAAAAGAGCUGUUAGAGAAUUUAAAAGAUUUAUGUGAAAAAACAAAAAUACAAAUUGAUUCAAUUAAUGGAAUUAUAGGACAAAAAUAUUAUCUAUUUUUUAUAAAUCAGUUAAUUAAACAUUGGAAAAUAUUAAAUAAAAAAUAUUCAGAAAUGGAUUAUAUGCAAUUUGAUAAUAAUUUCCCAUAUGUAACACAAUUAUCUGUAGAAUUUUUUUUUCUUCCAUCUAUAUUUUGGAAAUUUUCAUCAAACCCUAUAUUUUUAUCUUGGCCUCCUUUUCCAUCCUUUUCCCCUUUUAAAUCACAAUAUGCUCAUAUAACUUUUUCAUUAAACUAUUUAGAAGAAAAAGCAGAUAUGCAAAAUAUAAUCAAAAACCUUUCAAAAAAAAAAGAAAAUGAUAUGUCCGAAAUGGAUUGUGAUAAGGAACUAGACAAUUCUAGUGUUAAAGAAAAUUCUGCUCAAAGUGAUAUAAUUCAUGAAAAUAUAGAGCAAAAGAGUUCAUUUCCAAUGGAUUUAAUAGAUAAUAAUUUUGAUCAAAAUGAUUAUCAAAAAGGAAAUAGUACAAAUGAUAGCAAACAUGUAGAUGAUUUAGAAAAACAGAUGUAUACAAAUAAUAAUGAGAAGAAUUAUAAAAUUUACUAUCCCAAUAUCAAAGAAGACGAAAUUAAAAUAUUUAACUUAUUAGAUAAUACAAGCAAUAUUAAAGUUCAAUUUGAUGGAAUAGCUUCUCAUUUCAUAGAAAAUAAUUAUUUGUUACAAUUAGAUUUAUUCCCUCUUAAUGUUAAAUUAAAUAGUAAACGGCAAGAUAGUCAAAACGUAUUACAAGGGGAAAAAAAAAAAAUGGAAAAUAUGUUUCCACAUAUUGUAAUUCCAAAGAAUAUCAUUUUUGAUCAAGCCAAGAAAGUUCAUGAAAAGUUAUCUAAAGCACAAUGGGUUUUAAUAGAUAAAUCCAUUUUUUCUAUUUUAGCUGAACAAGCUAAUAAUUUAAAGGACACAAAUAAUGACUUAACAAUCAAUUUGGAUAAUAUACCAGAUGUACAUACAAAAAUUAAAAUUCAUUGUACCCAAAUAAAUCAUCAGUCAAUUGAAUUCUUAAUUCAUGAUAUCAAAAUUUUAUCAUUGUCUAAUAAAUAUAUUCCAGUAGAUUUCUCUUUUGUAAUUUCAUAUGAAUCUAUAGAUAUUCCACAUUUCAAAGAUGAUAAAAGUAGUAUAAAUGAGGAGGAAAAUACUCCUUCUCGGCAUAAUAAUGAUACUGAUAGUCAAUAUAGUUAUAAUACAAGUAAAAUGAGUAAUUCUCAGAAAGUAAACAAUUCAGAAAAUAUCAAAGGUUCAGAAGAAAUAAACAAUAAUCACGAUCCAAUAACUAAGAAAAAUAAUACAUCUGAUGAUAUCUUAGACGAAAAAGAUGAAGCUCUUUCUAUAGAUUCUGAAUUAAUACAAAUAUUUUUAAAUUUAUCAUUAUCCAAAAUAAGAGAUUUAUUUAUUUGUUCAUGGAAAUAUUUUUCCUUCGAGUUACCAUAUUAUUCAGCAGAUAUACAUCCAUUAAUUUAUCAAAACAACUUUUCUGAUUAUCGUUCAGAUACAUUGAUUACAAAUUUCUUUUCAUGGUUUUUAUCAUCAAUGAUUAAAUAUUUAAGAGUGAAAGAAAAAUUAAUAGCACCUUAA